GUCUUCCUGUUUCCUUUCCGGGUGGCGUGCUCUUUCUCUAGACAUGGCGUCCCGCAAGGAAACAGCCGGCUCCUCAUCCGUAGCCGCCGGUAAAGCGAAAAGCAAAGCUGCCCCGGGCGAGUCCGCCGUGAAACAAGUGCAGAUCGACGGACUGGUUGUUCUGAAGAUCAUCAAGCAUUAUCAGGAAGAAGGUCAAGGGAAUGAAGUGGUCCAGGGCGUACUGCUGGGGCUAGUGGUGGAUGACAGGCUCGAAAUCACCAACUGCUUUCCAUUCCCUCAACAUACAGAGGAUGACGCCGACUUCGAUGAAGGUAAUGAGUUCCGAUCACUCUGUGGGAAUGUGACAAAUUUUUGA